AUGACACAAGCACAGGAAGAACGUAUUACUAUUAAGACUGUUAAAGAAAGCAACGAAGAGUACGCAGUUGUAGAUGAAGAUAUGCGAAAAUCCAAGUGUGAUCAGGGAGGUCCAUCCAGCUCUGAUGGAGAAGGAGUGCAAUCGCCCCCAAAUGAUGAUCACACCGCAGCAAACCAAUCAGCAUUGAAGAAGAAUACAGAGAGGUGUGAUAAAGGCAACGAUCAAAAGGAAAAAGGACACCAUGUUUACGCCAACGUGCUUGUUAAAGAAAGUAGAGCGGUCAUGUUUUGUAAAACAACAGCUUCUCCGGAUGUGAGCCCGGACGUUACCUUCACAGAAGAGUGUUCGACAGUGGGUGAGGAUCCUGUGGAGGAUUUGAAUCAUUCAUUUUUGGAGAAAAGAAAAGAAAUAAACAGCAACGAGGCCAUGAGUGGACAGUAUCCAAAUAGCGGAACUGAGUGCAACGAUCACUUUUAUGCAGUUGUUGACAAAUCAAAAAAGAAACAAAUGGCUCCUAAGGUAGGUACUUUUAAACCACUUAGUUCCUAUUGAUCGCUUGGCUGAUAUCUUUGAAUGAUUAUAUGUUCAACAUUACCUUUUUUCACGGAUGCUAAGGGAAUUUCACACUCUUUAUUAUAUACAAUACAAUAUGAAAUACAAUCAAUUUAUUUGUGUUAUAAAAAUAUAAUAAAUGAUACCCGGUGAUACAAUACUGCUGAAAAUUAUAAUAAUUGAACAGGUGACAAGUGUAUAAUAAGACAAUGAUAAAAAUUAAUGUAUCCGGGAAUGCAUAUGUAAGAAGUACACAAGUAACACCCUCCUCCAUCCUGCUUACUAAAAACUAUGAAUAUCGCACUCAGUGGAAGAAUAAAUCGAUUUUGAAUAUAAGAUAAGCUAAAAACCCUAACACAUACAAUACUUACAUUUGCAACUGGCUGUUAGGGCUUUUAAAGCAUAAUAGUUUGCGGAUUCAAGUUUCUUGUUCCGAGUUUUGUUAAUUGCUAAUAGUAGCUAUAGUGGACUGCAGUAUUCAAGGUAUGGAGGUGUAUAAGCCUUGUACAACAUAAUUAAGGGAGAUGUCAACAGGCACCAGCUUUCUUAGUCGUCUCAGAGCUCCAGUCUUAGCAUAGACCUUCUUUAAAACAGCUGAUAGGUUGUCUUUAAAGGCCGAACAGUUUAUCUUCGAUAUGAACACCAAGAAUCUUCAGGAAACCAUUUGAUUUCGAUAGCAGAAUCGCCAUGAGGAAUAGUUACUUGAGAGCGCUUGGGUUUUCUUACCAUGGACUAACAAGUAAUUUGAGGCAAACCAGGAUGUCUGUGAAAGAUUCUUAAGAUCUUGAUUAAGAGAUAGUUCCAAAGCUGAAAUGUUGUUAUCGGAUGCAUCAGCGUCGUAGUGUUAUCAUCGUAGAGCCUCAGGGUUCAGAUCGUUGAUGAAUAUGUUAGACAAGAGUGGCCCCAGGAGGCUGCUUUGAGGAACACCACAAAAAACCGGUAACCAAUUAAAACUCUGUUAACCUUAACUCUUCGCUUUUGACCAGUAAAGUAGGAAUGCAACAAAUUAAUUGCCUCCUCAGCUCAUCACCAAAGACCACCAAUUUUUUUGGAACGAACUUUCAGUUUUAUCUUCAUUUUUCUUUUGGCCACUGAAGAAGGUUUGUUAUUAAAUAUUGGGCAAAUUUGUUUAAAUAUAUACUUUUCGUUUUAUUCUUUUGUUUACUUCUUCAUCGCCUUGCCGUAAGGAUCAGUUUGCCGUGUCAUACUUUUCUAUAAGUUGUUAUUGUACUGAUCCAGGUCUACAACUGAGAGAUCCGGCACCACUCAUUGGUUUAUCGCUGUGGAGUUGCUGAUAUUCUAUAUCCUUUGGUAUAUGUUUUUGCGGACUUGACAGUGCACAACGUUAACAUAGCAUUUCUAUAAUUUUGAUCCGGUUAUUGACCAAUGAAUAAAUAAAUCAAUAUUCAUUCUCAUUUUUGCAAGGAUUUUGCACCGUCUCUUCCUUCCUGUUUUGUUUUUGAUUGUGUGUUUCAUUACUAUUGUUAUUAUUAUUAUUAUUAUUAUUUUCACACAGAAACCUCUCCCUUACUCCAGUGGCCACCUCAUGUAUGCAGACAUGAGCCACUUACCGAACAACAAAAACGGGAAAGUUCACAGAGCAUGCGCUUCAACAGUUUACGCUGACAUCAAUCAUUCUGCUAAGAGAAAAGUGAAGACUGGAUGGAAGCCAAGGCUACCAACAAUGUAA